UAUUAAUUUUCCAUUAUUAUUAUCAAUUUUGUUGAUUGUUCAAAUUGAACAUCGUGUUUAGAGUGCCUAUUAUGCAUAUUCUUUCAAUAUAAAUAUUUAAGUUAAUUAUAUCGUUAUUAUUUUCUCUAGUUUUAAGUGAGCGAUUUUAACGUAAUUAUUUAAGCUUUAAGUGGUGUUAAAUGCAAUAUGGCGUUGAAUAUUUCAAAUAAUGUCGAUAAUUUUCAAGAGUCAUUACUUAAACAUCCUCAAGUGGAUUCAUGGCCGUUUAUGUCAUCACCUCUAGGCGCAUCAAUGUUAUGUGCUGCAUAUUUAAUAUUUGUAUUGAAAAUUGGACCAAAAUUUAUGGAAAAUCGUAAGCCAUUUAGUUUGCGAAAAGUUAUUAUUGUUUAUAAUGGUUUACAAGUAUUAUAUAGUUUUCUAAUGUGUUUCUAUUUAACUGGAUUUCGUUUUGAUUAUUAUUUUUAUUUUGUAACAAAUGGAUGCCAUCCUCAAAAAACAAUCGAUAUGACUUUAAACAUUAAUAUUGGAGGCUGGUGGUAUAUGUUUGCAAAAUUUACAGAAUUUGUUGACACAAUAUGCUUUAUACUACGAAAAAAAAUGAAUCAAGUUACACUUUUACAUGUUUAUCAUCAUUCUUCGACAGCAUUCUUUGCAUGGGUAUACUUAAAGUAUAUCCCAGGAGAACAAGGUGUUAUAAUAGGAUUUCACAAUAGUUUUGUACAUAUUUUCAUGUACGCUUAUUACUUUUUAUCAGCAUUAGGUCCAGAAUAUCAAAAGUAUUUAUGGUGGAAACGUUAUAUAACUAUUAUCCAAUUGACACAAUUUUCAUUGAAUUUAAUUUAUUUAUUUUCAAUAAUAUUCAUGAAUUGCGAUGGUCCUAUAUAUUUAACAAUUUUUUUCACUUUAAACACAAUAUUAUUUGUUAUAUUAUUCAGUAAGUUUUAUAUUAAA